CGCACACACACACCUACACACACACACACACACGCACACGGCUCACUCUCCACACCACGCACGCUGUCAUCAUACACGCACAUUGCUUGCAGAUGAAGUUCUUUCGGACGUUGCGGGAUGUGAUGGGCGAGUCGCUGACUCAACUGAAGCAGGAUGCACGCAAGAACGCGCGCACGGCUCGCCACACCAUCCACACCUCAGUGGUCGGGGCGCCUCGCUCCUUGUACCAGUACUUUGUUGAUUCCGCUCGCUUCUACCGCAAGAACCUAGGCACGCUGCGCCAGGAGCUUGCCUCCGGCUUCACCAUCUCCGUGCUGCAAAUCCCGGAAUCCGUGGCCUUCAGCUUUGUUGCGGGCGUGGACCCCGUGAUUGGGCUCCGUGCGACCGUGUUCAUGGCCCUGGUCUGCGGCGCGCUCGGCGCCCGGCCCGGCAUGGUGAGCGGCGCCGCGGGUGCCAUGGCCGUCAUCCUCGCCGAGCUGAGCGCGGCCGGCGGCAAGUGGAACGACCGGCCACGCGACGAGAUUGAGCGUCUCGUGUUCAUGACCAUGAUCCUGACGGGCGCCAUCCAGUUUGGCAUUGGGCUCCUCGGCCUCUCGCGGCUCUCCAAGCUCAUUCCCUUCACGGCCAUGAUUGGGUUCAUGAACGGCCUGGCCAUCAUCAUCCUCAUUUCGCAGCUGGACGCGUUCAAGGAGUGCCCCGGCAACGACUACUCCGUGUGCGCACGCGCAGGUACGCUCAAGUGGCGCUCGCUGGCGGAGGGCAACACGUGGAUGGUGAUUCUGGAAACGGUCAUGGCAGCCAUCACGGUCACGGUGUUCCCGCGGUGGAAGACGGUACACCGCUACAUCCCGGCUGCGCUGGUGGCGCUGGUGCUUGUCACCUCCUUUGAGCACGGCAUCAACCGCACGCUGAUCAAGCUGCCCACGCGGACGGUGGCGGAGACGGCGGACGUGGAGGGCAAGUUCAUCACGCCAGGCAUCCCCGACCUCCCGGACGACACGCCGUGGAACGACAUCAUCACAUAUGCGGUGAUCAUGGCGCUGGUCGGCAUCAUUGAGUCUGUGAUGACGAGCGACGCGGUUGCCGAGCUGCUGCAGGAGCCCAACGGGCCCUUUGCCUCGACACAGGACACGCUGGCGCAGGGCAUGGGCAACUUUGUGUCUGGGCUGUUUGGCAGCAUGGGUGGCGACGCCAUGAUUGGGCAGUCGGUGGUCAACGUCAUCAACGGCGCGCGGUACCGCCUGUCCACCAUCUCCUCGGGGGCGUUUCUUGCGCUGGUGAUUGUUGCGCUGCCAGAUGCCAUUGGCCUUGUCCCCGUCGCCUGCCUCACAGGCAUCCUCUUCAUCAUUGUGGUCAAGACCUUCCACUGGAACUCGUUUAUCCUUCUGUUCCAGCUCAACUGGGCCGACUCGCUCAACAUCAUCAUGGUCACCGCGCUCGCCGUCACCACCAACCUUGCCAUUGCCGUUGGCGCCGGCAUUGUGUGGCGCGCGCUUGUGCACUCGUUUGCCACCAGCUCGCUCCUGCACGUGCGCACGGAGCUGCUUGGGCCGGACGGCAAGCCGCUGUCGCCCGAGCACGCGGCCAUCAUCACCGCCACCGCGCGCCACAUUCAGGAGGUGCCGGAGCCCGCAUCGGACGCGUCUUCGCGCGACCUCCUCGUGCAGCAGCAAGAGGAGCAGGAGCAGCAGGCGCAAGGACAAGAACAAGCACAGAAGCCAGCGCAGGAGCAGCAACAGCAGGAAGAGGGCGCUGGUGUGACCGAGGAAGACAAUGAUGCAACGGCGAAGGAAAAGUCAGCAACAACAGCAACAACGGCAGCGGCGGUGACAGCGACAGCUACAAAACCAGCAACAGCAGAAGCGACGACGUCUGCGUCGGCGGCCUCUGUGGCCAUGCCGGGCCCCUCGGACCUGACCAAGGUGUACCACGUACACGGCCCGCUGUUCUUUGGGUCUGUGACGGCCUUCCGCACGGCGUUUACGCCGGGGCCAGAUCCGCCCCACGUUGUGAUUGAGCUGCGCGAGGCGCUGGUGUCUGAUUUCUCGGGCGUGUCGGCCAUUCGCGCCGUGUGCAAACGCUACCAGCAGCUGGGCAAGAAGAUUGUCAUUCGCGGCCUGUGCGCGCACUCGCAGUCGCACGUGCACCGCAACCCGAAGCUGCGCCCGCUCACACAGGCGUCACGCGGCGGCGGCGGCGGCGGCGGCGGCAGUGCGGAGAGGAAGGAAGAAGAGCAGGAGGAGGGCGAUGGCGUUGCGCUGGUGGGCGACGAUGCACAGCAAGGGCGGCAACAGCAGCAGCGGCGGCGCAGGCGGGGUGAGGCCGCAGAGGGGCAGGAGCAAGAGGAGGAUGUUGUGGGCCGCGCUGUGUCCGCCAUGCGGCCCAUUGACGAGGAAGAAAGCGAGGAAGAAGAGGAGCGGGACCUGGAGCACCUGCGUCUGUUCCAGCCACAGGGUGACGAGUUGAACCGGCCAGAGGUGGAGCUCACCUCGGAGCAGGCCACCGCCGUGCUGCGCGCAGCCGGCAUUGAGGUUGAGGACGACGAGGACGAUGGCGAUGACUACAGUGGCAGUGACGGUGGUGAUGGUGGUGCUGAUGCAGCGCACCUCCGUCGCCGUCGCUCGCGCCAGUCGCGCCAGCUCUCCCGCACCUCGCUCGCCUCACAGACCUCGGUCAUCUGA